AAGAAGAAAAAAUCGUGAAAACAUUCAAAAGAGAAAAGUGUGUCAGCACUACAAUAAUAUAGGGAAGAAAAAGAAGAAAAGCAACCAUGGGAUUUGAAAGAUCAUGCUGCUUCUUGUUUUUCUUCCUCACUGUUGGAUUGGCCUCCUCUUCUCCAUCAACCCACAUCUCAUAUGACGCACUAAGAGUUCAAAGAGGUCGUGGCCUUGUUGAAAAGUUUUAUGUGAAGAAUGAUUGCCCUGUUGAUUUCGGAAAGGAAGACAUGACACCUCUCACAAGCAAAUGCAGAGGACCUCAUUACAACCCACUUACGUGUUGUACUGGGUUCAAGCAGAUAACUUGCAAGUACUUACCACUAAUAAAUAAGCUGAACAAUGGGUGCGCCACAGGCCUAUUUUACCACGUCAAUAGAAGGGGAGGUUACCCAGAUGGUCUUUUUGAUCAAAUUUGUCAUGAUGAUCCACAGGGUUUAAGCUGUACCACCGUAUUGGGCAGAUCAAAUGGUAACAAGGGUAGAAAUUAAAUUAGCUAGGCAUGAGAAAAUUGCUUGAGUUGAUUAAGAAAAAAAAAAUAUGCAUUGUAUGAUAUUGUUUUGAAAUAACCUAUCAGAUUCAUUAUGAUAAUAUGGUGUAUAUGGUGGAGAAUUUAAUAUUGCAUUUUUGUUAUACGAAUUAAGUAUUGAUGAUGA